AGCUAAACUGGACAUCGCUACAGAGGUGAUCUCAGAGAAUCUGGGCAGUAAGUGGCGCAAACUGGGACGGAAACUACAAGUGAGUGACGUCAAGCUGGAGUCCAUCUCCAGAAGACAUCCGACAGAGCUGGACGAGACGGCGGUGGAGCUGCUGAAGGAGUGGAGGAAGAGUCGAGGAGCRGAGGCCAGAACCCAGGAUCUGAUCAAAGCCCUGAAGGACUGUCAGUUAAAGAUGACCGCUGAAAAAGUGGAGGACGAACUUAAAAGUCGAGGGUAUGACCAGUAGAGAUCUACAGAUAGGAUUCAAGGUUAAUUAAAAAACAACUAAAAAGGUUUUGUCUGUAAAAAAAUAUAUAUUAAAAAAAAUGCACACAAUCUUUGAGCUGAUGAAUAGAUGUAAGAAAAGCACCUCUUCAUUGUCAGAUUAUUAUUGUCAUUAUUCUUUCCUUUGACACUAAAACAAAAACCAUUUUGUUUUAAUAUUAGGAUUAUUCAAUGUUAACAGUAAUAUUUACUUGUGAAAAGUUAGUCUCCGCAUGAUCAGCUAUAAACAUGAAAACUAAUUUUAUACACAACAAAUAGGAAGGUGUUGGACCUGCCAGCUAUGUUUACAUUAAAAACRUUUUAUAAACCUUU